CCUGGGAAUUCCAGGUCCUGGAGAUUCCAGAUCCUGGGAAUUCCAGGUCCUGGGAUCCUCAACUCCUGGAGAUUCCAAAUCCUGGGAAUUCCAGCUCCUGGAGAUUCCAGCUCCUUGGGGACCUGUCGGAAUGGAUGAGGGGCCAGGGGGGCACCUCAGUGGCCGUGAGCCGAUGAGUUUCCUCCCGCUCCGCUGACGACGGAUGGGGGCCGGGCGGGGCGCCGGGGGGGCAGGAGGCCGCUGCCCACGGGCCCCGGCCGGCCGGAGGGAGCUGCCCACCUGCCCCCGGUGCCGGGCCCCCCCCGGCCCCCCGACCAUGGAGGGACCCUCGGUUCUCGGCCCCUGCUCGUGGCACAAGCGCCGCGCGUGGGCCCGGCAGAGCCGGGGCUGGCGCAGCCCCGCGCCCGAGGGCGAGCAGGAGCAGCAGCAGGAGGAGGAGGAGGAGGAGGAGGAGCAGGAGGUGGCCGCUGUCCCCUGGGAGCCGCCACCACAGCUGGACUCCGCUGUCCUGGAAGGAGGCCUCUGCAGCAAGGCCCAGACGUGGCUGCGGGACUGCGGAGCCACUGCCUGUGCCCUGCGUGUGUCCCUGUCCCCACCCCGCCACGCACUGCUGUCCUGUGCCACCUCUGGUGCCCCGGGAUGGGCUCGGGCGUUGGGGUCGGGUUUGGGGUCGGGGUUGGGGUCGGGGUUGGGGUUGGGGGCUGUGACCGGGGCCGUGCUCUGGCACAGGGCAGCAGUGCUGGACGAACCAGGAUUGCCGGGACCCCGCGAGUGUGGCAGCAGCGGGACGAGCCUCGAGGACGAGCUGACCCUGGGAGCUGAAGGUACCGCUGUCACCGCCAUGCCCCGAGGGGACAGCGGGGCUGGGGACAGCCACCACCAGCUCCUCCAGGAGGGCUUCAGUGUGGCGGGGCUGUCCCCAAGCUCUGCGUCCCCCCGGAGCUGUGACAAGAGUGGGACGUGUCCCCAAAGCAGCGCGAGUCACCCCUUGGUGUCCCCCUGCUCCCUUUUUCCAGUUCUGCUGCUCCCGGGGAGCCCCCAGGCCGCGGGCAGUGUCCCCUCCAGUGUCCUCCCCCCGCGUAGGGCGCUGCAGGACCGGCGCCUGAGCCCUGGGGACAGCCUGGCCUCCAGUGUCCCCUCCAGUGUCCCCAGCAGCUGCAGCCUGGCCGAGGUGCUGGCCUGGUGGCAGUCGGACGCCGAGGAGAUCCUGCACAGCCUGGGCUUCGUGGGGAGCGACGCGGGGGUCGCGUCCCGCGUCCCCCCCCGCUUCUUCUCGGCCCCGUCCCGCGCCAGCGGCAUCGACCUCGGGCUCUUCCUGCGGGCCCAAGUGCAGCGCCUGGAGAUGGAGGACCCCUGCCUGCUGCUGGCCAGUCGCUUCCAGCAGGUCCAGGCCCUGGCUGCCACCGCCGACAUUUUUUUCUGCCUCUACUCCUACGUGUCGCAGACGCCCCUGCAGCGCAUCGCCCCCCCCCGGCCCUGUCGCGACAUCCCCGACAGCGCCGAGCCCCGCGGGGCCCGGCUCGGGCAGCGCCUGAAGCGCGCGAUGUCCUCGCUGUGCCUCUGCACGGGGGGGGGACACGGCGACAUCCCCCGGGGGGCGGCCCCCGGCCCCCGCAGCGCCCCGGGCACGGGCGGUGCCCCCGAGGGCUGCCGGGGGGGCGGCGACACCGGCACGGAGCGGUGGUGGCUGUCCCCGAGGCCACCCCCUGCGUGGGGACACCCCGAGCGCUCCUGUCCCCGCGGCCGGGGGGUUUGGGGGCGCGGGGGGGCUUCGCGCGGGGCUGUCCCGUGGGGCGAUGUCACCUUGUCCCCACACGCCAGCGGGGUCGGGGUCACUGCCGAGCGCCCCGCGGGACUGCGACCCCCGGGCGACUCCAGCCUCGGCUUUCGGUGCCACCCGAGUGCCACCGCUGGGCUGCGGGGGGGUCCCCCAGGGCUGCAGCCCCCCGGGAGGGUCCCCGAGCCCCGAGGAGCGGCGGAAUCCUUCGAGCUGGAGGAGGUGCUGAGCGAGGAGGAGGACGAUGAUGAUGACGAGGAUGAUGAUGAUGAUGCGGAGGAUGAUGAUGAGGAGGAUGAUGAUGAUGACCCCCAUCUCUCCGUCAGGACCCCAAGGAGGUCCAUGUUCCAUGGGCGCUCCGACAGCAGCGGCUUCGGGGAGGAGCUGCUCCCCUCCUCAGCACCCCCGGCCCCGACUGGGUGACCUGCGGCCACCUCAGGAGGAGGUGGCACCUUGGCCGGGUGUCCCACGGACGUUUUGGACACGCGUGUGACACGUGUGCGUGUGUGGGUGUGCACGUGUGGUUGUUUGGCACAGAAAAACCUCAGGGCCUCGGGAUUUUGCCCCAUUUUUUGUCCCUGCCUCGUCCCCAAGCCCUGUGGCUUGCUCGGGGCCUGCAGCGCGGACGUGUCCCCAGCCCCUGGGGAUGUCACUUGCACUUUGGUCGCUCACGCUAGAGGGGGGGUGGG